CGCUGAAGCGAAGUCAAGACGUUUGACCUUCUUUGGUUUCCGUAGUUCCGAGUUGCGGUUUCCGAGUUAGUGCUUCCGGGUUGCAGCCAGGGCGUCCUCCGCGGUGGUGCAAGCGGAACCAAAGCCCGGAGGUUUCAGCCUGGGCAGAAUGGCCGCAUUCCGGUCUGGUCUUCUGGUGCUGACGACGCCGCUGGCCUCCCUGGCCCCUCGCCUGGCCCCCAUCCUGACCUCGGCGGCCGGGCUGGUGAAUGACACACUCUAUGUACACCUGCAGCCGGGCAUGAGCCUGGAGGGCCCGGCUCAGCCCCAGUCCACCCCCGUGCAGGCCACGUUUGAGGUUCUCGAUUUCAUCACGCACCUCUAUGCUGGCGCCGACGUCCACAGGCACCUGGACGUCAGAAUCCUACUGACCAAUAUCCGGACCAAGAGCACCUUUCUCCCUCUCCUGCCCACCUCAGUCCAGAAUCUCUCCCACCCGCCAGAAGUUGUGUUGACAGACUUCCAGACCCUGGAUGGAAGCCAGUACAACCCGGUCAAGGAGCAGCUAGUGCGUUAUGCCACCAGCUGUUACAGCUGUUGUCCGCGACUGGCAUCGGUGCUGCUAUACCCCGAUUAUGGGACAGGAGAAGUGCCCGUGGAGCCCCUUGAUGUUCCCUUACCCUCCACGAUCAGGCCAGCUUCCCCCGUGGCCAGGUCUCCAAAGCAGCCGGUGCGUGGCUACUACCGUGGCGCUGUGGGUGGCACGUUCGACCGCCUGCACAAUGCCCACAAGGUGUUGCUCAGUUCAGUUGGUGCUAAGGACAUUUUGUCAAAUGAAUGGCUUUCUCAGCAUGUGGUCCAAUCACCACUCAAUCAGAAUUCCCCAAAUGUGAAGCAAAGGGAUCUGCACUUAGCCAGUUCUCCAGGCAAGUUGCUCCCUGAGCUGCUCCAACCUUACACAGAACGCGUGGAACAUCUGAGUGAGUUCCUGGUGGAUGUCAAGCCCUCCUUGACUUUUGAUGUCAUUCCCCUGCUGGACCCCUAUGGGCCUGCUGGCUCUGACCCCUCCCUGGAGUUCCUGGUGGUCAGCGAGGAGACGUAUCGUGGGGGGAUGGCCGUCAACCGCUUCCGCCUGGAGAAUGACCUGGAGGAGCUUGCCUUGUACCAGAUCCAGCUGCUGAAGGACCUAGGACAUAUGGAGAAUGAAGAGGACAAAGUCAGCUCCUCCAGCUUCCGUCAGCGAAUGCUGGGAAACCUGCUUCAGCCUCCAUAUGAGAGGCCAGAUCUCCCCCGGAGUCUCUAUGUGAUUGGGCUGACUGGCAUCAGUGGCUCUGGGAAAAGCUCAAUAGCUCAGCGGCUGAAAGGCCUGGGGGCGUUUAUCAUUGACAGUGACCACCUGGGUCAUCGGGCCUAUGCCCCAGGUGGCCCUGCCUACCAGCCCGUGGUGGAGGCCUUUGGAACAGAUAUUCUCCAUAAAGAUGGCACCAUCAACAGGAAGGUCCUAGGUAGCCGGGUGUUUGGGAACAAGAAGCAGCUGAAGAUCCUCACGGACAUUAUGUGGCCAAUUAUCGCAAAGCUGGCUCGAGAGGAGAUGGAUCGGGCUGUGACUGAGGGAAAGCAUGUGUGUGUGAUUGAUGCUGCUAUGCUGCUUGAAGCCGGCUGGCAGAACCUGGUCCAUGAGGUGUGGACUGUUGUCAUCCCUGAGACUGAGGCCGUAAGACGCAUUGUGGAGAGGGAUGGCCUGAGUGAUGCCGCGGCUCAAAGCCGGCUGCAGAGCCAGAUGAGCGGGCAGCAGCUUGUGGAACAGAGCCACGUGGUGCUCAGCACCUUGUGGGAGCCGCAUAUCACCCAGCGUCAGGUGGAGAAAGCCUGGGCCCUUCUGCAGAAGCGCCUUCCCAAGACUCAUCAAGCCCUCAACUGAAAAGGGGUUCUCAAUGGGGCCAGAUUGGCCCCUGGAGCUGACAAGCGACUGGGCGGUGAGGAGAAAUGGGGGCCUUGAUGCUCACCCUGGUUCAUGCCCAGAGGUCAAAGCUAUGCUGUGUGGGACAUGGCCAAGCCUGGUGGACACAGGAGGCCUACACAGCACACUGGUAUCUGGCCAACAUUGAGGAUGUGGUUUGUGGGGGAAGCAGGCCCCUCCCCACUCUUGCCUAUGGGUGUCUGUGAUACCCACAGCUGACUAGGGUUGGGGCAAGUACUGGAACCUGUAACAGAAAUAAAGUGUAUGUUCCCAGGU